AUGGAACAAUCAAGGCAUAUCUCACCUGAAAAUAGAAAGUCAUCGUCAAACGUCAAUGAAUUGGAAGAAGUUGAAAUGAGAAUGUUAUGUCUUGAUUCUCAAAUCGGAUUGAUCGUUGGAUAUAGAGGUGAAAUUAUUCAUACAAUUAAAAGAGACAGUUCUACACAAAUUACCAUAUCUACUAGAAAAAUGCACGUUAAUGAAAGAGUAAUUUCAAUUAAAGGGAUCACUGAAAAUAUAGCUAAAGCUUUUGGUUUGAUUGCUAAAAGUAUUAUAAAUAAUAAUACUAAGAAUAAAAAAUUAGGUGAUUCUACCAUCACAGAUGUUCAUCUCUUAGUACCUUAUUUUGUUAUGGCAAGGAUUAGUGGGGAAGGUAGGUAUACCAUGGAUGAAAUCAUUGAAUUAAGCGCUGCUGACUUGAGGCAAACUAAAGAACCUUUGCCUGAUUCCACAGAUAUGUUAUUCACUGUUAGUGGUGUUGCAGAUUCCAUCCAUAUUGCAACUUUCUAUAUAGGACAAGAAUAUUUGCAUACUUUCAAUUCUAUGAAACGGGAAGAAGCUGAAGAAGUUCCAUACGAACCUAUAGAAGGUAGACGUAUAUUAGGCCCUGAUACCUCUUUACUAUAUGGGGAAUAUUGUAAAGAUACAAGAAAUACAUUACCUUUGCAACCUGUUACAGAAAUAUCAAUACCAAGGGAUGAUUUCUUAAUAGCCGAUUAUCAAGUCGAUGAUGUUUAUACAGCAAGUCCAAUGGAAGAUGAGGGAACAAAUAGAAAAAGGCGUCGCAUUGAGGCACAAUCAAGAGAGCUUAUUACGCGAUCCAGAUACGAUUCAUUUUCAAGUAGGAAAGGAGAAAAAGACGAUCCACUUGCUUCUGAAUACCCAGCAAUCCCUAAUGUUCGUAUAACAAAAUCUGUCAGAUUAAACUCUUCCUCUACUUCUUUAUCAGAAGAAAAUGAAUUGUUGGUCCAUGUACGUAAAACAGCUUAUAUUAAAGAAGAAUACGUAGGAUGUAUAAUAGGGAAAGGUGGCCAAAAUAUCAAGACAUUGAGGAAUGCAACCUUAUGUGAUAUUGAGGUUUCUGACCCAAUUGAAGGAAGAGAGAUAAGAAGAGUAAUUGUUAAAGGUUGUCCAUUGGCUGUGGAAGCAGCUUUACUUCUAAUAGGGAACAGCAUUGAAUCAUGGAAAAUAUUGUCGUCUUCCCGCUCUAAUUCCAAACAUACUUCUCCAGCAUUACCGAUGUCCCCUCCUUCAUUUCAGUAG